AUGCACUACUUUGCUACUCAACUGCAUGCUGAGCAGCAGACCACCCGCUCACUGCGCGCAAGCCAAUACGCGAGGAAGAGACAGCACAAACGACACGACGCGGGGGGAGAAGAUGAGGAAGAAGAGCCCCCAACCAGUCCAGAGCCCCAACCAAGGACACGGUCAACACGAUCGGCAAGCUCAACCGCCCAAUCGUACUCCUCUCUUAUCACACCGGAAUUAGCUCAGUUGCGCACUGCAGGCUUGUUGCCUGAAGAAGAGUAUGAGAUCCCGCCAUCGCCGUUUCCUCAUGCCCCUGCCAGGACCUCCAGAGACCACUAUGGGGCCAAGAAAGUGGAAAGAGAGAUUGCUGGACUGCCCUCGCGUCUGUACGCUGUGAAGCCACCCCUGAAUGCCAUUUCAGCGUCUGAGUCGACCACCCUGAAAACAACGCACCUCAAUGUGCUGUCAGCUGUCAUGCACCGCUGCCUUCUCGAAGGCGACUACGAUCGUGCAGGAAGAGCAUGGGGCAUGAUCUUGAGGACUGAAGUAGCCGGCGGCCGUCCAAUCGAAGCACGCAACCACGGACGUUGGGGGAUCGGCGCGGAAAUCCUUCUCCACCAAAAACGUGGAGAACCCCUGGCCGACAACAGUGAUCAACAGUCUGGUGAUCCAAGCCCCGACAGCAUGUAUUCCGAAGAAGGCUUUGAACGUGCAAGAGAGUACUACGAGCGCCUCAUUGUCCAGUAUCCCCAUAGAAGAGCCCCGCGCAAUGCAGCAGAUGAGAAGACCUUCUACCCCGCCAUGUUCUCGCUAUGGAUCUUUGAAGUCUGCGAGAAGAGCAGGCGCGCAAGAAGGAAGUUCCAUGCUGAAUCGCGCUCGAGGGAUAUGUCCAUCGACAGUGUAAUGGGCGUACAUGACGAGAUAUCUCCUGCCCAAGAGGACGAAAUCCAAGUCGCAGAGCUGGCUCGAGCUAUGGAGAUAGCCGACCGGCUCGACCAGCUCGUUGCAUCGCCACCUUUCGACAAACAGGCCAGCUUAUUGCACUUACGGGGUAACAUUGCCCUCUGGAUAAGCGACUUGAUCAUCGGCAAGACCGACGCAGAUGCAGACGAGGACUGGGACAUGGACGCCGACCACGAAAAUCAUGAAGGUCAUUCAGAUCUGAGCACCGAAGACCUCACCCGCCUCACCAACGGCCGCAAAGAACUGCUGAAAGCGCAGACCUUCCUCCAGCGCGCAGAAGCCAAUGGCGGUCUGCGACAAGCCGGGACAAAAUCCAGCAUCGACAUCAAGCUGAGGGAGUUAGCGAGGCAAUUCGCCAGAUAUCCCGCCUUGCAUGAGAGUUGA